AUGGACAUCUCAUCACCCGACCUGGAGGCAAGCUCCCGUUUUACAUCACUGAGCUCGUCCGCGUCAAGCACCAUCUCCCAGUUGCAGACAAGCCUCCAGUCGGCACAGCAGGCCGUGAACACGCUGAAACAGAGUGCCGACGACGCGAGCCGCAGUGCCAGCCAGGCGAGCCGGAGUGCUUCAUCAGCCUUGGCUUCCGCGCAGUCGUCGGCAGCGUCCGCCCAGGCAUCGCUCUCGUCGUCUCUCGCGGCAUCCAUGCUGGCGUCUGUCUCCUCGGCAGAGCAGGUGAUGUCUAUCAGCAUGUCAUCCGUCAUGGUGGCCGCUGUCGCCAGCGCCAGCGCCUCCUUUGUGGCCCAGCAGGCCGCGGCCGUGGCCAAUCUGCCGACGGCGACUGUGACUGCGGCAACGGAUGCAGGGUUGCCCGGCACAGUCCCAGAGGCCAAUGGAGCCUCAGCCCCACAAAGCCAGCCGCCUAUUCUGCAGACCAACCGGCAGAACAACGCGCUCGGUGCCUGCACAACGCCCGAGGUGGUCCUCGCCUUUGCUGGUAUUAUUCUGGGCGCUGUUGGUCUGGCAUCUCUUGGAUGUAUCGUCUUUCUCUGGUUCUGGAAGCGGCGGCCGGCCGUCACGAACAGCACGGUGAAGAAGCCCAGCGGCAGAGGAAGCCCAAGCGCUGCCAGCGGCACUGGUCUCUCCGGCGAGAGCCGCAGUAGCGGCGGUAGCUUGCGCCAAUGGCGUAUUCGGGCCUCGACAACACGGCCCAAAAUGGACAGCCGCGUCGCGCCGCCGUCUGAAGUCACUCUGAAAGAGUACAAGCUUCCAGAGUAUGAGCGAGUCUUUCCAGAAGGCGAGGAGGCAGCGAAAGCGAAAUUGGCUUCGGCUGCUGCCCCGGCCGACUCUACCGCACCAACGGCCACAGCUGUGUCCUCAAACGACCGAAUUUUCUCGACAUGGUCGUUUACGACAGCUGGUGGCGGCGACCCAUCUACAGCAAACAACGGCAACAGCACCAACAACGGGUCCACCUUCUUUGAGGCUGGCAGCCCAACCAGCAGUGCUCGUGAUGUCGUUGCGCCUCUGAACGUCUACCGGAGCCAGAAUCAAGUGCGUGCAAGCCGCAACUUUAGCCGCACCAGCCGCAUGAUUCCUGUGUCCAGUACAAAUGCAGGCACAACCACAAGCACAUACAAGCCUCGGCCGACGUCCAGCGUCUACGAACCUUUCGGCCUGGGGAGCCGCUCGGAGCCGCGCGGUCUCGACCGCAUCAGCCGCAUGGAGGAGGAGUGGAACCGCAGCCAGAUGCAGCGAGCGACUACCACAGCAGGCAGCGCCGGUAACAAGGCAAGCAAUGCUCUGUAUACGACCAACUAUGCUUACUACACAGGCAAUACCAGCUUCAACAACAACAAUAGCAACAACAACAACAACAGCAGUAGCACCCGCACAAAGGAGACAACCGCCAGUCGGUACACCAACAAGGACAGCGCCGAUAGCCUGGCCCGCGAGUAUCACGACUUUGUUAGCCAGCUGGCGCCGGUGUCACAAUACGGCGCCACGCCGGCUGCUACCGCAAAUGUGGCGGCGGCAUCCCCAUCGUCACGCAGCCGGACGCAGCGGGAACCGACUAUUCCUCCGGCCGGACCUCUCCCUGGGCUGCCGAGCAGGGCCAAUGAUAGCAACCAAGGAGGGUCGGCCUUUUCCAUCCGGCCUUACCUACAAGGUUUGAUUUAG